GCUGUAAAUAUUCAGCCCAUUGCACGCUGUAUGUUUAUUUAUCUGCAGCGCAAUUCCAUAAUUCAAUAUAAGAAACCUGCUCAGAACGUGUCAGAUAAAGCUUUAUGUCCAGUUACCGCGUUCCUUUACGGAUGGAUAAUAGCUUCAUUUUAAAGCUGGGACUUGUACGAGUACAACCUGCCUCUGGGAAAUAACGGCAAGUUAGUUUAUUUUGUGUUCAGUGCUCCUGAAGUGAGCUUAAAAAACUAAAUGAAGGGUAGUCGAGCUUUUUACACCAAAGUGCUACUUAAAAACGUGUAUAAUGAUUUAACGAUCAAAUGAACUUACCUUAAGGAAAUUCGAUCGAAAUUGGUGUUCUGCAUACAAGUUUUGGAUCUUUCGCCGAGGAUUAAGAAGUCGUCCAAGUAAUUUACACAUAAAAUACCCUUGAAUCAGAGUUUCUGCACUACUGGCUUAAGAAUUUGAAUGUAUGCACAGGGAGCAGAGCUAAGUGUUGAGAUAAUAAACGUCCAUAGAGUGAUCCCAAAAUCAAUGCCGAUAUCUCUAGAGAAGAAAGUUACACCCAAAAAUGGUCUAAGGGGACUAAUACCGGGUGGCACAAAGGAAACAUGUUGAUCGAGCAAUUCCGAGCAAAUCUGACUACGACAUGGUGGUAGAGGAAUUCACAAAAAGAUUGCUGGAAAGAAGACAGCAAAACAGGGCGAUUAUCAAUGGUAAAACGUGGGAAGAACGAGAAUUUUUAGCGAAGUUUCCGGGAUGGAAUGAAUCAACAGUUGGUUAUCUGCAUAGCUUAUUUCUAAGUUUCUUUAAGGACGAAGAUAAGAUGUUGGACUUUAAAGGAUUUUUGUGUGUUUUAGAAUGUCUUGGAGAUAGAAGCGACCAUAGCAAGAGAUUGAAGCGGUUUGAAAAUGCAGAUAGUGAUAAUGAUGGCAUGAUUGACUACACGCAGUACUUAGAGUUGAUUUAUAACUACGAUUCUGCUCCAAAGAAGAGUACCGGCCACUUAGCAAAGAGAUGUUAUAAAGCAGCGGAUAAGGCGCAAUUCGUAAACAGCUUGCCAAUGGAGAAACAAUUAGAAUAUGGUUUGUUUUGAAUAAAAAGCAAGAUUUGUUUAGAUGAA